AUGGCUAUUGGCUCAGACCCUCUUCAAGGCCUUCCAGAUGACUACGUGAUCAAGUCUCAGGCCUUCACCAAGGAACUCUACCGGGAUGUCUAUCCUGCCAUCGAUCCGUCUAACACCGCCCUGUCACAGGACGGCAAAGUUGUGAUUGUCACGGGUGCUAGCAAAGGGAUCGGGAAAAAGAUUGGUGCUGAUAGCUUUCGGUUUCUUGUCUUCAAGGGCUUCGUACGAUCCUUUGCAACAGCGGGAGCAAAAGCAAUUGUCCUCAUUGCCCGUAGCUCCAAGCAGCUGCAGGAAACAGCCGAAGAACUGUCAAAAGAGUUUCCCAAGACACGAUUUGUGCCAGCCGCGUGCGAUGUCACAGAUGAGGCGUCGGUCAAGGCGGUUUUUGAAAAGAUCCGGAGUGACUUUGGAAGUGCAGAUGUCCUGGUGAACAAUGCUGGCGCUACGGACGAGGGCAAGCCCUUGCGGACUGCAUCGAUUGCCAAUGUUUGGAAUGGCAUAGAGGUCAACCUCAAAGGCGCCCUCAUCAUGACUCAGGGAUUCCUGAACCUGGUGGGCACAGCCAAGCAGGCCACCAUUAUCAACAUAACGUCCGCCCUGGGCUUCAACGUGGUUCCCGGCAAGGCCAGCUAUAGCCUGUCGAAGCUGGCACUGACGCAUCUGUCGGGAUACAUUGCCGUCGAAAACCCCAAUGUCCGGGCUGUCAGUCUUCAUCCGGGGACGAUCUUGACGGACAUUACGACUGAGUGGCUUGUGCGCUUUUCCAAGGACACGCCGGAGCUGGCGGGUGGAACAGCGGUUUGGCUGACGACGAAGGAGGCGGCGUUUCUGAAUGGGAGAUAUUUGUUGCCAGUAGAUGUCGAAAGUAACAGACACAAGAUCAACUACAACCGAUCGUCACAAUUAGAAUAUGUCUACGAUGCUUUUUCCGGAAAUUACAUCACAGCCAAUCAAGACACCCACAGGGGGAGGAUGAGCAAAUAUCUGGGCUGGGCGCGGGAUUUGCUGCAGAGGCAGCUCCCCGGUUAUGCCCAUUCUCACCUUUCGAGGCCCAACCCGCCAUCGUCGACGCCGGGCAUCAAGAUGAAGAAUCUCUUCACUGUCGUGAUAGCAGGCACCCAGUAUCUGCUGCAUCCGCAGAAGCUGGUAAGAUUCCCUGUACCAACGGCAAAGCUAUCGAUUGACUUCUUCAAGGGCACGAUUGAAGAGACCAUCAAUCCAGACGCGCUUAUUCCCGUCACUCUCCUCACCACCAGCGAAAUCAACAGCGAUCUCGAGGGCAUCCUCGACCUCUUCAGCACUGUGGACGAUGUCUUCCAGCCGGACUUUGGCGGCAUCCUGGUAGAGAAGCCUGAAAAGGGCCAGCAAGCGAUUGUCGUCAACCGUGAUCUAGACACCCGCGGCAGAUCGGUGCUUACCUUGCGGUCAACUGGCGCUGAAGAUGAAGCUCAGGCUGCUGCUUUUGCAGAUCUACCUUCGGGCCCGUACUUUCUGCAUGGGCCGAACCUGUAUCAGGCGUGGAGAUUGUAUGACGAUGUGCUGGAUGCCUUUACCUUUGGGGUGAUUCCUAACAGCAUCAACGGUUCUGACGAUGGAUUUGAAGCACUCUCUUCUCUCUCGGAUGAUGGCUCACGCAAAUCCAUUGCCGUGCCGUCGCGACUUUAUCAUCCUGCGCCAUCCAUUCGCAAGCCUCUAUCUGGAGUCCGUCUUGCCAUCACGGACGCCAUAUCGCUAAAAGGCGUCCAGACGACCAUGUCAAGCCGAGCUUGGACGCAGCUGUACGGGGCUGAGGACCAGGAAACGGCAGAGUUUGCACAGAGACUCAUCGACAUGGGCGCCAUCAUUGUAGGAAAGACAAAGUCGUCGCAGCUCGACUCUGGCAGGGAAUGGGUGGACGUAGAGGCUCCGUGGAAUCCGAGAGGCGACGGAUAUCAAGGCUCUGGUGGAAGUGCAGCUGGCGCUGGAGCGAGUGUGAGCGGCUAUGCAUGGAUGGAACAUGCUGUAGCAGCAGACGCCUUCGAGGGGGCUCGUGAGCAAGGGCGUCUGCAUGGUGUUUACUCCAUCAGAGUAUCGGCCAGCGCAGCAUCGCAGCUAGGGUGGGCAGUUGACUCGAGGGCUCUCUCUGCGGUUGGCUUGAUGAGCCGCGACUUACACGACUUGCUCCGUUUCGCCCAUGUAACGCUCAACACGUCCAGCAUCGACGUGCCGUUUCCGAAGCGCAUCAUCUACCUACUGGACUAUGCCCCUGCUUCUGAAGACGACCAGUCUCUCGACGACAGCUUCGUCGCUGUGCUGGAAAGGUUCCUCGGGAUCAAGGCUGAGAGGGUGCGCAUAUCGGAGACUUGGGAUGCCAACCCGCCCGACGAUACAAAGCAAAGCCUCCAAGAGUAUAUGAAGGAGGCGCCCUUUAACUCAUUUUGCUACGACUUCUAUCACGAGUAUGCAGAUUUCCGAAGUGACUAUAAAGAGAAGUAUGGUCGGCAGCCGUACAUUGAGGCAACGCCCCGGUUUCGAUGGGGCAUCGGCGAGAGUGAAUCGGCGCAAGACUACGGACAUCACCGCAGGCGGAUCGAAGUCUUCAGACAAUGGUUCAACGAGAGCAUCAUGCCGAUAGUGGGAGACUCGGAAACCAUCGUGGUCGUACCCUUUGGCCCUCCGACUACAGUGCAGUACCGCGAUGACCUGCCACCACCACCCAGCGCCAUCGAAGGCCUGGGUCCCGAAGCACUCGCUCCUCUUUUGGGCCUGCCGCAUCUUGUCGUUCCCUUCGCACAGACUCGCUACUAUUCACGGGUCACCGACCAAAACGAGGACCGGCCGUUUAGCGGCUCCAUCCUGGGGUCUCGCGGAAGCGACAUGAUGCUUCUCCAGCUGGUCAAGGCGGCGUUUGAUCGGGCGGAAUGGCGGUCGUCGGUUGAUCCUGGGCGCUUGGCGAUUCCGCAGGGUUACGAGCCAGAGGUUGACGAGGGCGUAUUAGUCUAG